UAGUGGUUUUAUCUCAGUAACACACACAUUGUUUAAAGUUUGUGUUAUUUCUGCUGCUGUGUGUGAGUGGAUGGGAGUGUAAUUGCGGGACUGAAUGAUUGGGCUUGAUUGUGAUCUUUUCGGAUCAGUUGCAAUUAAAGCAUCAGGUUAAUUUGUGCAGAAUAAUGACAGGUGUUUCACAACAGGAGAAACCAGAUGAAUCUUUCUUCAGGGUGCCAAAACAUUUUCCCAAAUCAUCCCGACUGAUUCAGGGCUGAUAUUUCAAUGCGGAUUCAAGAAAAUAAAGGAGUCGGGAAUCUGAGUCGGAUAAAAGUUUGGCAUUUGGGAAGCACUAGAGGUGGGGAACGGAGCUGUGGAGUACAUGAACUCAUCUGCAUCAGAAAAGUGUCUCCUGAAGCUCUGGGUUUCCUCUCCGCCGUCGUCGUUUUCGUUUUUCUUAUGAUUCUAGUUUUUUUGUUUCUCAAUAACAAACUGUCCAUUGAAAAUGUGGCUCCUCAGCCACUGGACCACUACAGGAAGAGCAAAGAGCUGUCAGAUAAAGGCUAUGGAGAGGCAGAUUUUCAGGCCUGGUCAUCAGACAGUGAUGAUGAGGUGAUGGGGCAGUAUCAGGAGGCCAUGACUCGCUCGCGGGGUCUCCGGGGCCGGUGCACAGGGGCCGGAGGCUUUAGCUGGGAGACACAGCACAAGUACUGCCCCCUGUCUGCCGAGUACGACGGCUACAGCAGUGAAGCUUCUGCUGAGGACGUGAACUGUAUUCAGAGGAUGAGGUUGACUCCGCCCCUUGACGAGCUCCAGCCACCGCCCUAUCAGGACGAAGACGGCUCGACCUCUGACCUCGCCGACACUAAGAGCGAAGCGCACGACCGCGAGAGCUUCAGCCACACCAAGGGCCUGGAUGAGGACGUCCCGAGUGACAGUACCGCCGUGCUCAGCCCUGAGGAUCUGUCUGUCCGUGGUUCCUCCUCUCCUCUCCUAAAGCUUUACUCUCCAGAUUCGCCCUUUUCUCCAUUUGGGACGCUGCACGUCCUCUUUGAUUACGAUUUGCACCAGCGCUGCCUCUCGGUCACCAUCACCGCAGUGACAGACCUCCCGUCACCACGGCGAUCACCCGGCAUCACCUGGCAGCUCCACCUGGUGCUGCUUCCAGCCAAAAAGCAGCGCACCAAGACGGCGGUGGUCAGGGGGCGGAGCCUCAGCGAGACCUUCCGUUUCAGCCACGUGCAGUCUGAGAGCAUCGGGAACUACGGCGUGCGGUUUCGUCUCUACAGCAUCAGCAAGAUCAAGAAGGAGAAGAAGAUGCUGGGAGAGAAAGUGUUCUACCUCACCAAACUCAACCUGCAGGGCAAAAUGGCUGUCCCUCUGCCUCUGGAACCCUGCUGCAGCGCCACCGCCAGCGAGUCUCAGACGAGUGUGUCUGGCGCAUCAUGUAGUGAGACAGUGUCUACGUUCCAGUCCACAGGUCAAAGGUCAUCGCCUGAGAUACUGCUAGGGCUUGUUUACAACGCCACCACGGGUCGGCUUGCUGUUGAGGUCAUUAAGGGGUGUCACUUUAAAAAUGUGGCUACCAACAAACCUCCCAAUGGACUGUUCUGUUGUCUAAAGCACUUAAUAGGUGGGCAAGUUUAUAUAAUCCGAGACACCUAUGUGAAGCUGACCCUGCUGAACUCUAUGGGGCAGGAAAUGUCUAAGUGUAAGACGUCCCUGUGCCGUGGCCAGCCGAACCCCACCUACAGGGAGACCUUCGUUUUCCAGGUGGCGCUGUUUCAACUGUCAGAUGUCACGCUCAUCCUCUCCGUCUACAACAAGCGCAGCAUCAAGCGCAAGGAGAUGAUCGGUUGGAUCUCUUUGGGCCUGAACAGCUCAGGCGAGGACGAGCUCACACACUGGACUCAGAUGAAGGAGUCUAAAGGACAGCAGGUGUGUCGAUGGCACAGUCUGCUCGAGUCUUAGUAAGCGUCACCAUGACGACCACGACGAUGACUGUGAGGAUUAAAAAAAAAAAAAACGGGGGCAAAAUCAAUAAGGGGAGGGGAAAAGAGCAUGGCAUUAUGGGAAAUAAAUCCUGGAAUUGCGCAGAUGAUGUGGGAAGAAGUGAAGCAGGGCAUUGUGGGAAAUAUCUCACCCUUCAACAGAGAGCAGGAGCAGCAUCAGCAUCGCCCCUGGCCUCUUUACAUCGCAGAAACGUGAGGAUGAUAUGGGUGAAGAAGGUGGAUGUCAGUUAUAAAAGAAAAGGAACAAAAAGAAGAGCGAGAUUAAUUUUGGAGAAAGAACUUGUGGAGACCUCAGCUCACCAGAGCAGUGCAUUAUGGGAAAUAACGACAAAGGAUAAAAUACAUCAGAAGGAAAGAAAAAUCGCGAGCCAUGAUGAGGGAGAGGAUGAAAAUCGGAGCAUUAUGGGAAACGGACAGGUGUCCGAAGCCAUUGUGUUGCCUUGAACAUUUUAGGGAUUCAGUCACAUGAGCAGAACCACUGUUAACCUGCAGUGCAUUAUGGGAAAGUUUAAAGGAGGAGAUUUGGAUUUAAUGGAGUUCUGUUGGUAUUAUUUAUUGUUUACUUAUUUAUUUAUUUGUUUGCUUAUUUAUUAUUUCCUGUUUAUUACUCACGUGUUUGGCUUAAAGAGUUCAUAGUGGGCAGAAAGUGAGAGACUGGGGAUCUGUGACGGCAUUAACGAGCCUGAGGUCCAUCAGCAAAAACAUUUUAAAUUCAGACCCUGUCCCCACACCUUUAUUACAUUUACUUAUUACCCUGUUUUUUUUACCCCUUGACUCCUGCUGGGGUAUGUGUGAGCUGGCAGAGGUUUUAGUCUGUUUGAUAAUCCAACAGCUCUUGUGUCAGAAGUGAGUGCCUCCUAGAGCUCAGAAACAAAACAUCACACUGUUUGUGUGUGUGUGUGUGUGUGUGUGUGUGUGUGUGUGUGUGUGUGUGUGAGAGACCUCUUAACAAACUAUCUCGCUUUAUGCAGGUUCACAGCCUCUCUCUUUUCUCGUCACUAGUAAGGGUUACAUAAAUUUACCUACAGUGAAUUAAAUUGUCUUCCCUCAUCUGAUUGGUUACACAAAGCACUCGUUUGCAUAAGGUUGAGCUUUUUUUAGGCACCUGAAAUAAAGAAAAACUUGUCAGCUAGUAUGGUUUCCAACUUAACAUUUUCACUAAUUAAUGCUAGUCCUAGUUACUGAUGUCACAAACAAGACAGUUAAAAAUCGAUUUAAAACAUUUUGGAUUAUACUGAUAAAAUUUGUUUUUGCUAACUGGAUAGAUUUGUCCGAGUGCCAGAACUCAAAUGUAAAACACUAGCUUGUGCUAACGAAGCGAAAAAAGUUUUCCUAAGAAGACUUUUUCCAAAAGUCUCAGUCAUGUUCUGUGAUGAUAAAAUGCUGCUUACUAAUUGGUCACAAGGAGGCGCUCUGGUAUUGAUCUUUCUAGACAUUACAACGUUUUAGCGAUUAGCAUGUUGGCACGUAGCUAUUUAGAUGUCAAGCGUCAAACCUACUGUUUUCUUCUUCUUGAGGGAAGGUGGUUUAACUUUAUGAUUGUUAUGUACUGUAAAUGCUUCAAAGACAUUUUCGUAUCUAUAUUUGUACUAAUCUUCAGCGAAAAUGUGCUACAAAGCUCUGUGAGCGAACUUGAUCUGUCAGCGAAGGUCUUCCCUCUGAGUUUUGUGCAGUUUUUCAGUUCAUUAUAAAUUGUUCUGCUUCAUCAUCAGUUAUUUAUGAUUACCAAACUAUGGACACGUUUAUAAUCACGGGUGUCCUGUUCUAUUGGAGCUAAAACUGGGGAAAGAAAACAUGGUGUGUGUGUGUAUGUGUGUGUCCUAAUAUUCUGCUGUCUUUGUCCGUUUUUUUGUGCUUUGAGCUUUGCUGACAUCAGCAUCUCUGGAAAAGAUUAAUGACAUCUGUGUGUUUUUGUUUAAAAAAAAAAAAAAAGAAAUAUUGCUGCAGAACUCUGAU